CGACGGUGGGUGGUGUGCCUCGUCUUUCCCAGUCGGUUAAGCAAUAUUUCAACAAUAAUGUUUCAUUGACAUGUUUUCGAGAAUCACACAUUUAUCUCUUAGCGUCUGUGAAUGAAUAUACAAUUAUCGCCAAGUUAGGUGAAGCGUAUACGAAGUGGUAAAGCUAAGAUCGACCUUUGCGCUUGUAACCGAUUGAGUUUGGUGCCGAAUUAUAAAUUAAAAUAUUUAUAAAAGCAUAAAUUCUUGAGAAUGGCUCAAUCAAAGAACAGUGUUUUCAGUUACCAGUCAUGGGUUCAUGCAGUUGCUGGCGCUACGGGAGGCGUUGUAGCUAUGUCAGUAUUUUAUCCGUUGGAUACUGUACGAGCUCGUUUACAGUUGGAAGACUCGCAAAUCAAAAAGGAUUCAAACACCAUCGAGAUACUGAAGCAAUUAAUACGAGAGGAAGGAUUUACUACAUUGUAUCGUGGAUUGAUGCCAGUACUUGAAAGCUUAUGCAUUUCAAAUUUCGUAUAUUUCUACACCUUCCACGGUUUAAAGUCUUACUUCGACAGCGGAGACAAACAAAAUGCUUUAAAGGAUCUUUUAAUAGGCGCUGUGAGUGGGGCUAUAAAUGUGAUGACUACGACCCCAUUUUGGGUUGUGAAUACUAGGUUGAAAAUGAAGGGAUUGAAAGGAGAUAAACCUACAAACAGUGACCAUUAUGAAAAUUUACUCAGUGGGCUAUUUUAUAUAGCAAAAACGGAAGGCAUUCCUGGACUAUGGGCUGGUGCUAUACCAUCACUAAUUCUGGUUAUCAAUCCUGCUCUUCAGUUUAUGAUGUAUGAGAUGAUAAAACGAAAGUUAGUAAAAAGCCACGGCGAACUUUCAGCGCUAACUUAUUUUGGAAUUGGAGCAGUAUCAAAAGCAUUUGCAACGGUGCUAACAUAUCCGCUGCAAUUAGUGCAAACGAAAUUGCGCCAUGGGUCAAAGGAUACAAAUAUGAACAUUCCGCGGAAUGCUGGAAUUUUAAAAAUGCUUCUGUACAUUUUGAAAACUCAAGGCAUAAAUGGUUUAUUCCGAGGGUUGGAAGCGAAGCUUCUACAAACCGUUUUGACAGCAGCACUAUUAUUUGCAACAUACGAGAAAAUUGCAAGUUAUGUUGUUUUAAUAUUGAUUUCAUCAAAACGUCGCCGGCAUUAGACUGAUUUAUUGAAAUUCAGACAAUACCAUGGCAUUUUUAAGAUAGUAUUAUGUUCGUUUGGGACAGAUUUAUUUCAUGUAGUAAUUCGUUGAGGGCAUUUUUUACUUUGAUUUGAGGUUGGCUUAAGGAAUUAUGAUAUAUGUUGGAUAUACACAAUAUCGACAUAAGAAUUAAUUGGUAUUUAUUUUAUUAUUUUGCAGAGGCUAGUGAAUUUUGAUCAAAUAAUUUUAUAUUCAUUUGCUUUCAUGGUGCAUGCAAUAGUAUUUUCUAUGCAAUCCACGUAGUUAUGUACGUCAGAAUAAUAGAAAAGUCGAUUUUCAAAAAAUAAAAUUUUGUUACACUAGGA